ACCACCUCUCCCGCCUGUAUCUUUCUCUCCAGAGCUCGCAGGAUCCUAUCAUUUUAGCUUGGUGAAUGCACGUCCCAUCAUGAGCCGCAUCAUGGGCUGCGGUUGUGGUGCCGGUGGUUGCCUUGCGCUCCACAGCUUUUGCUGAGCACCUAAAACCGCACCUCGCCCCCCUGCGAGCCCGAUCGGCUCACUUCUUGCGUCCGUCCGUGCGUGCGUGCGUGCGUGCAUGGAGGAAGCUGGUGGGUGUGCGAGGAUGGGUCUGAGAGGGGUGCUGCUCGCUCUGGCCUUGCUGCUCUCGGUGUGCGUGCGAGCAAGCCAUGGACUCACGGACAGCCAGGACACUUCUGUUCUCCGAGCGCUAAUGGAUCAGUGGCAGAACUCGCCGCCGACAUGGGGACAGUCUGAUGAUCCCUGCGGUGUUUCGCCAUGGGAUGGGGUGACAUGCAGCAACAACAGGGUGAUCUCCAUAAAAGUGUCAACCAUGGGCAUCAAAGGACUUCUAGCUGCUGACAUCGGGCAGCUGACCGAGCUGCAAUCCCUGGACCUGUCAUUCAACAAAGACCUUGGAGGUGUGCUCACUCCGACCAUCGGUAAUUUGAAGCAGCUUGCAACCUUGAUUCUGGCAGGUUGCAGCUUUCACGGCAACAUCCCUGAUGAGCUAGGGAGUCUUCCCAACCUAUCUUACAUGGCUCUGAACUCGAAUCAGUUCUCUGGAAAAAUACCAGCAUCUCUGGGCAAUCUCUCCAGCCUCUAUUGGUUUGAUGUCGCCGACAAUCAGCUGACUGGCCCAUUGCCAAUCUCAUCAAACGGGGGAAUGGGUCUAGACAAGCUUACAAAAACCAAACACUUCCACUUCAAUAAGAACCAAUUGUCUGGUCCCAUCCCAGAUGCUCUCUUCAGCCCUGAGAUGACACUGAUUCAUCUGCUUUUCGAUGGAAAUAAAUUCACCGGUGACAUCCCGGACUCUCUUGGGUUUGUUAGUACACUCGAAGUUGUACGGCUGGAUAGAAAUACCCUCUCCGGCCCAGUUCCAGCGAACCUGAAUAACCUCACCAAAGUAAACGAGCUCAACUUAGCCAACAACCAGCUUAACGGACCGUUGCCCAAUCUAUCUGGGAUGACUCUUCUCAAUUAUGUCGAUCUGAGCAACAACACAUUUGAUCCUUCCCCGAGCCCGCAGUGGUUUUGGAAGUUGCCACAGCUCUCAGCUCUGAUCAUACAAUCCGGAAGACUCUACGGCACGGUGCCGAUGAAGCUGUUCAGCAGCCCGCAGCUGCAGCAAGUGAUCCUGGACGGCAACGCGUUCAAUGGCACCCUCGACCUGGGGAGGAGCAUCAGCAGCGAGCUGAGCAUGGUGAGCUUCAAGGACAACGACUUCUCCUCCGUCACGGUGACCUCCAGCUACAACGGCACGCUCGCGCUGGCCGGGAACCCGGUGUGCGACCACCUGCCGAACACGGCGUACUGCAACGUGACGCAGCACGCGCCUUCGCCGGCGUACACGACGAGUCUGGUGAAGUGCUUCUCGGGGGCGUGCCCGCCGGAGCAGAGCAUGAGCCCGCAGAGCUGCGGGUGCGCGUACCCGUACCAGGGGGUGAUGUACUUCCGCGCGCCCUUCUUCGCGGACGUGGGCAACGGCACUGCGUUCCAGGAGCUGGAGAGCAAGCUGUGGACCAAGCUGGAGCUCUCCCCGGGCUCCGUGGCCCUGCAGGACCCCUUCUUCAACAGCGACUCCUACAUGCAGGUCCAGGUGAAGCUCUUCCCUUCGGGCGGGCCCUACUUCAACCGCACCGAGGUGAUGCGCAUCGGCUUCGACCUCAGCAACCAGACCUUCAAGCCGCCCAAGGAGUUCGGCCCCUACUACUUCAUCGCCUCCCCGUACCCCUUCCCAGAUCGGAACGGGCCGGCGUCCAAGAGCAAGGGCGCCAUCAUCGGGAUCGCGGUUGGCUGCGGCGUCCUGCUCAUCGCGCUCGUCGGAGCUGCCGUCUACGCGUUCAUGCAGAGGCGGCGCGCGCAGAAGGCCACGGAAGAGCUUGGCGGGCCUUUCGCGUCGUGGGCUCGGAGCGAGGAGCGGGGCGGCGCGCCGCGGCUGAAAGGGGCGAGGUGGUUCUCGUGCGAGGAGCUGAAGCGGAGCACCAACAACUUCGCGGAGGCCAACGAGCUGGGGUACGGAGGGUACGGCAAGGUGUACAGGGGCAUGCUGCCCAACGGGCAGUUCAUCGCCAUCAAGAAGGCGCAGCAAGGUUCCAUGCAGGGCGGGCACGAGUUCAAGACCGAGAUCGAGCUGCUCUCCCGGGUGCACCACAAGAACCUCGUCGGCCUCGUCGGCUUCUGCUUCGAGCAGGGCGAGCAGAUGCUCGUCUACGAGUACAUGUCCGCCGGCACGCUGCGCGACAGCCUCACCGGGAAGAGCGGCCUGCAUCUCGACUGGAAGAAGCGGCUCCGGGUGGCGCUGGGCGCGGCCCGCGGCCUCGCCUACCUGCAUGAGCUCGCCGACCCGCCCAUCAUCCACCGGGACGUCAAGUCCAGCAACAUCCUCAUGGACGAGCACCUCACCGCCAAGGUCGCCGACUUCGGCCUCUCCAAAUUAGUGUCUGAUAGCGACAAGGGGCACGUCAGCACCCAAGUCAAAGGAACGCUGGGUUAUCUGGACCCCGAGUACUACAUGUCCCAGCAACUCACCGAGAAGAGCGACGUCUACAGCUUCGGUGUGGUCAUGCUCGAGCUGAUCAUCGCCAGGCAGCCGAUCGAAAAGGGGAAGUACAUCGUCAGGGAGGCCAAGAGGGUUUUCGACGCUGCCGACGCCGAGUUCUGCGGCCUCAGGGGCAUGAUAGACUCCAGGAUCAUGAACACCAACCAUCUCGCCGCGUUCAGCAAGUUCGUGCAGCUGGCCCUCCGGUGCGUGGAGGAGGGCGCCGCCGCCCGACCUUCGAUGAGCGACGUCGUCAAGGAGAUCGAGAUGAUGCUGCAGAGCGAGGGGCUCAGCAGCGCCUCGACAUCCGCCUCCACGUCUGCGACGGACUUUGACGUCACUAAAAGCGCUCCUCGCCACCCUUACAACGACCCUCUCCCAAAGAAGGAGAAGGACAUGAGCACAGACUCAUUCGACGACUACAGCGGAGGAUAUUCCUUCCAGUCAAAGGUCGAACCAAAGUAGCUGGUUUCCGGUAGGGUUUCUAUGCUGGCCGAACCAUUUUCUUCCUCCUCAGCAAGUAGCUUGCCUAAUACUAUGUCGAGAUGUGAAGAAUUUUUAUUCUAUGUGAUUUACCAUUAGCACUCUCUUAUUAGAGUGAUUUUGUAUGGCGAUUGGCGAUGUUCUAAUCAAAACGUUGUUACUUACGGCUAACACCGCCAGGGCCACCAAACAAACAGUUCUGAAUGAGUA